AGAAUUAUCUUUUAAUAGUUCAUCUCAUAAUCUCAAAGGAACGUUUGACCUUUAAAUUUCUUUUCGUGGAUUCAGGGUAAAGAUGGCAGCGAGCAGAGAAAUUCCGAUAAAAGUUGAUCCAGAAUUUAGAUGGCGAAGCGUGAUGAGAACAAAGGAGGAACAAGGAAAACCCCGCGGCACUCGGAUCGGCAUUCGAUCUUACAGUUUGCCCUGUGAACCGAGCAUUUUCUUAGAAACUUUAUAUCCAAAAGAAAGAGAAGCAGAUGAUGCAGAAGGAAACUCAGCUGAAAUAUCCAGACAAGGCUUAAAUGAAAGGGAAAAGAGUGAAAAUGACAAAAUUUCAGGAAAAUUUUUGACCUUAUCGACAGAUCUUCUGAAGGAACAGGGGUACAAUGGGGAUACAACUGAUGAACAGUUAAAUAAAUCCGAAGAAAGGGAACAAAGAAGACAUUUCUUCCAGGAAAAUCCUGUUGUUGGGGAUUUAGUCAGGGUGUUUGAAGAGCAUUAUACCUCGUCAGUUCCCAGUCGCCCGAUCAAACUGGGAAGAAGGAAUACUUAUGGACCUGAAAGCUCGGGGGAAAGCCAUUUGGCGCCGACACGACGGACCUUAAACGCAUCCGGUAUUACAGACAGAAAUAAAACUUCCUUUGAUAUACCAAUUUAUGUUGAAUCCGACGGAAGAAAAGAUGGAACUCUUGAAAUAGAGGGGAGUCAUUUCUGCGAAAGUCACAGUCUGAAAGAAACGGGUAGUCACGAAGAGCCGCAACCUUCCGAGCAAUUUUCAGAUUGUGAGAGUGAGCUCGUUGAACCAAAGAGUUCCUAUGAUGAAGAGAUUCAUGUGAGCAUCGAACGUGAUAACGGAGGUGUUCAAGAACGCAUAAAUGAAGAGAUAAAUGACAGAAGGGAAGAAUAUCAGGCUCAUUUACAUCCCGAAGAAAGCAAUAUCGUUCAAGGUCAAAGAACCAUCGAGGACCAACCUGAGCCGUUUGAACUUCCGCACUUAUCCCCUAAGGCGUCAGAAACUGGGCAACAAGAAAGCGAGAAAAAGCUGUUACAAAUUGGAGGCAUUCUUAAGAAAGCUGAUGAUCUAGCGAGAGAAGUCGAUGCUUUCAGUGAGAGCAUCAAAACCAAGGAAUAUUUGAUUCUGGAAGAAGUUCUCACCCGUUGUUUGAUAGAACUGGACGCUGUUGAGGCCAAUCAAGAUGAAAAUGUUCGAGUGGAGAGAAAAAAGGCAGUUCAGAUUUUACAACAACUACUUGCACAACUGGAAGAAAAAAUAGAACCCGACAUAAUUGAAAGUAAAGCAGGUAGAGACGAUCACACGUAAUCCUAAAAGGAACUAUCCGUAUAAAAGAAGCAGUUAUUUUUUGUAAUUUUCCAACUUUUUUCAUAAAAGUCAAGUUUAUUAUUUUGCCCGUGGCAUGAGUGCAGAUUCCUGAGUUUUGGCAACAAAAUUACUUUCCAAGUUCAAGGGAUGGUUUUCAAGUUUUUUCUCCCGCUUUAUGUCAAAACAAGAUGAGUUUCAAUGAAAAUAUUUCUAGAAAUUUCCUCGUUUUUAAAGGACUUAAAGUGUCCUUCCUUUUCAAAUUUGUCAAAGAAUUGCCAAAGCCAAAACUAACGUUUCCCCAAAACAAUUCCACUUCCCUUGCACUUUUGUUUAUUGAAGGCUUUUUCCUCCGGCUUUUACAGACGUUUUCCCGGUCUGUGUUUGCUUGAGGUAGCAUUUCCAAUGCUUCCGGGUAUUUAGCCUUGUUUUCCUUCAAGUUUACAAAAAGAGCUUCGACAACCUUCCAGACGUCGCAGCACAUCAAUUUGUCAAAAAUGCAAUAAGAUUCUUUUCAAUUAUAUUAAACUCUAGAAAGUUCUCUUUGCCUUAGCUUUAAUAGAUUAUUCUUGUCAAAGCAAGAUCUAAGCUCAUAUCCGGAAACUGUAACACUUCAGUUGCUUUUUCCAGACGCGAACAAAUUUUACUGCAAAAAUUAUUCGCUAAACUGUUCCGGAAGAAAUCCCUUGCUAUUAAAUGUAAUUAAUUUUUAUUUACUAUUUUCUUUCUUUUAGACGU